CCAGUCCUUGCCAACAGCUUGGUAUUGGUUUUUCUGGACACCGAGAGCUGGGAGAGUGAUCACACGAUUCUUACAGAGAUUGGUAUCUCUACAGCCGAUUCUCGUCACCUGCACGCUGUAAAAGAGCCGGGUUGUCAUGGGGAGGAUCUAUUAAAGACGUUCUACUACUAUCAUGCCCGUAUCGAAGAGAAUGCGCAUCUGCUUAACGUCAAGUACUGUCCGGGUGAUCCAGAAAAGAAUCGGUUUGGUCGCACGCGUUUUCUCAAUAAAUCAGAGGCUCGUGAGUUUCUGAAAGGUGUCUUCAACUAUCUUAUCGACGCCACCCAACCAGAGCUCGGUUUUUGUCCAGUGGUAGUCGUAGGUCAUGCCCUUCACAACGAUCUCGAACAACUUUCUUCAACACUGAACUUUGACGCUAAGGUGCUUGAAACCGUUGUCAAAACUAUUGACACGCAACAACUGAGCCGAGAGUGCGAUUACUGGUCAGACCGUAACCCUAUCGGCUUGAAGACACUUGUCGCUCAAUGCGGGUACCAGUACCGGGACCCUCAUACCGCAUUGAAUGAUGCAGUGAUGACCAAGAUCUGUGCCGUGGAGAUGGUCAUGCCCGAUAAGCUCAAGAGCAAAGACGUAAAACCCCUUCAGGUAGUUGUGGACCAGCUCGAGGAGCACAGUCAUCAGCAGAGCUGG